CUGAAGAUUUGCGUUUAUUUUCCAUUGUUAUUGUAUACUAUCUGCCUGACCUUGAAGGUUGUUCACGGCCUCGAGUCUAUGUGGUUUUUUAGUUCGUCACAGUUUUCAUUCUAGUUUACGUUCAUCUCGGUGCAUUGCUGAUAAUUCCCGCUUGUUUUUGUCCCAGCAACUGUCCUGUUUUAUGGUCCUUAUUCAUAGCUGAUCCCUAUUUCGUGCCGUUUCAUGCAGACAUUUUUUCAGCUAUACCCAAGCAACAAAUAACGAGGAAUAAAGAGGAGAUAAAGCGGACGAAAGUGUACACAUAGUGCACAAUUGUGCAUUACAGACACCGAAAUAACGCUUACAUAGUUCAUUCUAAAAUCUGAAUACUGGACGUAAUACUAUGCCUCGAAAUUACGAGUUUUCUGAUUGUCUAUACAAUCCUACUUUACCUUGCAUCUAUUACCCGACAUUCUUUAAGUUAUCUAAGUGCAAUUCAACUCUGACUAAUGCUUUAAGAGCAGCAUUUGUACAGGUGGAGAAUCAGUAUCCAGGGUUUAGCGAACAGUUUAUCAUUCGCUUGUUACAGCGUCUUGGAGUUAAUGAUGAUAUAAAUCUGCCAGAGACAUACCCGGGAAUCGCUGGUGUACACACCCAACUAUGUUUAGGCAUGGAGAAUCAAAUGAUUGAUCGGAUCGAGAUUUCUGCUAACAAUUUGAAGUUGUGUUUAAGUAAAAUACCUGACGAGAUAUCUAGUAGUAACGGCUUUACCAACCUUAUAAGAGAGAUUACAGAGAUAACAGAUAAAUUUUUGGAAUCGUUGUGCAGUCACGAUAAACAGAUUUUGCAACAAAGAUCGCUGUACAACCUUAGGUUUGAGUUUAUUCAAUCAUGCAAACAAUUCAGCGAAACCUUGAAAGCAUAUAGCCGUGAUAAAAACCAAACCUCAGUUAUCUCUCGAGCAAAUCAACUAGUUCUGUGCACAAACACCAUUCUUGAUGCUCUUCGUUGUGAUAAAUGACAGUGUGAUGACCAACCCGGUUUCAGCCUAGUUGAACACUUCAGAAAUGUAAGGAGUCUCAGACGGUUUUCAAAGCUAUCUGAAGUUUUACUUCAAAUUUCAAAACAACGUAAAAGCGGGUUGGUCAAGAAACCAAUAUUUAAAAUAACGCAAAAUAUAUUCUCUGUAUUUUUAUCUCUUUCUAAACCGAUUUUUCGAUUUUUUAUUAUUGCUGUCCCUCUAUUAUUUUUGUGGUUUGUAAUUUUCCCGAAUGGGAUAAUUUCGUUUUAUGAUUCUCUCUCACUUCUGUUUGCACACGAGGAAUGGAGGUAAAAUCUUUGGUCAUGGUCAAGAUAAUUAAAUAUAAUGCAUUUUGUUUGAAACGUAAUAAUACAUUACCUAGUGGUUGUUGUGUCUCCAUAGUUUUGGUAAAUGCUUCAUGCGCUUUCAACCUGUUUAUAUUAGUAACCUGAAUUAAAGCCCCUACUAAGUUUUUGUGGUUUAUGAAACUUCAAAGUCAUUCAUUGCACUCUAUAACUUUCCACUUGUUCUUUUAAAUUAAAAUAUCAACAAUAUUGGAAGGAGAGUUAUUCAUUUUUAUUUUUAAUAAUAAGUGCAGAAUUACUGACUGACUCAAGAUGUUAAUCAUACACCAUAAAAUUCGACCGUAUUUAACUAUUUUAGUUAUUGGGAAUUUCAAUAUGAUAUUCGACCAUAUUCUGACCAUUUCAAUUAUUGAUUAUUUCAAUAUAAUAUUUGGGUGUAUUUUGACAAUAUCUGUUAUGUAUUCAUUCAGUAUGAUAUUCAUGUAAGUACUAGUUCUCUUAAUAUAAUGUCAUUAAUUCUUUGAUAGUAUCAUUUCCUCUAAAUGUACUAAUGUCUUUGAAUACCAAUUGACAACUAAAGUGUUUGGCAAUAGAAAAUUUCUCCUCAAGAUGUACCUUUAAGUAAUUUUUGUGUUCCUUGGAAAGUUGUCCUGUUCAUAGGUGACUUAUUUAGUGGUGGUUGUUUUCAGUCAUUAAAAUAAAGUCCAAGGUUUAAGGUAAUAGAACUUGUGAAUAGCAAAUGUUAUUAAUAAUCAUUUGAUUUUCCAAUGUUUAUGAUUUUAAAUAUAGUUGUGAAUUCUUACGGGUCUUUCUCGUACCUAGAUACUUUAUUAUGAAGUCAAAUUGUUCGAAAUUUAUAGUUCUUUUGGAUAGCUGACCAGAUGCAAAGUCUUGAACACCUUCGUUGACUAUACACAAACGUUAUGAGUCGUAAUUACAUUAAAAGUUUUAUUUCUAUUACACAAAACCACUACUUAUUUUUUCGCAUGGUUCUGUAGAAUUUAUUGCUUGUUUAAACUCGCACCACAAUUUGUAUUCUUAUUAGGACAGGUAAAUUACACGGGUGCGUGUAGUAAAUAGAGCAUCAGUCAAUCAUCUAUCAGUCCCAUAUAUGCACUGGCCUAAGUUGCCACACCUCAUUAGUACAAAAAGAUGAACACCAAAUUCAUAGAAGUAGUUACUUCAACGGUAGUAAUAUAUAAGAAGAGAUUGCAUAUAGGGAUAUGAUACAGGAAGAAAAAAUUAGUUCGUAGAAAAAAGGUAUAAAGCAAUUUUAAUCUCUUAGUUUAAGGGAAGAUAGAGAGUGUAUACACCGACGCCAUUGUGAUCGAUUCUCAGCCAUGUCAUCAAGAGUCUCCAACCAUUGGUUACGACAGUCACGCGGACUCCAACUAAAUAGUCUGCAUCUACCAACAUGGCUCAGACUAGAAGUUAGUGACUUCAAGCACUGAUGCCAUGUUUUGGUUUGGCCGCCCCUAACUUUCUUCCAAC